GCUGCAUGGAAACGCUUGUAAAUCUAAGGAAACAUUUUCAGAAAUUUUCACAUUCUUGAACAAUUUCAUCAAGUGAAUAGACGUGCCGGCAAAAUGGCUCAGAUAGGAAAAGAAUCUGGGAAAGCUAUGGACAAAGGAGCUACAGGCGACACUCUUAGCAUGUCUAGCAGCUCUUCCACGGAUGGUCAAGAGGCUGCCGACAAAAAGAAAAAGGAUCUACUACCCACAACUCCAGUUAUACCAAUACCUGACUAUACCGAGGAGGAAAUGAAUAAGCUCAUCAUGUAUGUCCAACGCAUGACUAUGCUAUUCGCGUUGGACCACCGCGACUGGUGUGAGGAGACGCUGACCACCAUUAGGCGAUGGUUUAUGGAAGUCAAUUAUCCUCUUAUGACUAUUUUCUAUGAUCGUAAUAUCCUUAGCGCUUGUCUAGGGUUCCCUCUGGCCCCCGUGGCUGACAUUUGCUAUUACGUCCGUAAGCAAAAUCAAAUAUUCACAGUAGAGGGUUUCCAUGAUGAGAUCUACUUCGGUACGAUACAAGAGGACGUAGAUGGCUGUUUACUAAAAAUUAUGCAAUAUGUAUAUCAACCAAUAUUCCGUAACUACAAGGAUUGGAACGACAAUAUAAAGAGCCGCUUCUGCAGAGCAAUGGAUAAAUUUCUAUGUUAUCUUACGAGUUUACAUUACAAAAUGGCCGGUCUUACAGUAUUAUAUGUGCCUUAUGUGGUAAAACAGAUCUCACGGGCAGAUGUACAGCACGAUCGUGAAUUUGUUAAAAAUCUCGAAGCGAUUGUGGUCUAUUGGACGACCCAAAUUCGCACACUCAUAAAUGACAAGACACUCAUAGCACAACAUGAUUUCGUGGUGCCUACAGAAGAGUAUGAGUUCUGGCUCUAUCGAUUUGAAGUCUUACAAGGCUUGGACACACAAUUGCAACACGAAGACGUCCAACAGAUUAUUCACGUUUUACGCAAUUCACAUUCUGUUUACAUAAAGCAAGUGGAUGAACUUAUCGAAGAAUGUCACAAUGAAAUGGAAGAAGCCAAAUCGAAUAUUAAAUAUCUGUUUUUGCUGAACGAGCCUUGCUCACAUAUUGACCAGGCCGAAUCACCAGCUGCUGUGCCAGCACUCAUACCAAAGAUCGUAAACAUCAUACGUUAUAUUUGGUUAAAUUCCGAGUUUUAUCAACGGCGAGAUCUCAUCACUGGCCUUUUUCGUAAUUUAAGCAACCAAAUUAUCAAGUUCUCUCUGGAUCAGGUAAAUGUCGAUAAGGUACUGCAAGGAAACCCACGUUUCGGUAUACGUAUGGCAAAUAUGGCAAUCGACUGUUGCCUCUCAUACAGAGCUAUCUAUGAUUUAAUGUCGAAGGAACAUGCCACUCGUAAACCUGAUAUUGGUUGGGAUUUGGAAAAUGCCAUGAUAUUUAAUCAUGUCGAUGCGUUUAUUGAACGCCUUAAUGAUCUCAUUGACAUCUGUGAAUCGAUGAUUGUAUUCGGUCGGUUGGAUGAAACCGAGGCAAUACCAAAGCCAACAUUUGGUGGCACUAACGGCGAAGAGUUUGAGAGAACUGCAGAAGGAGUUGAAAAGCAAUUUAUGGUGUUACUGGAUGCUUUGGAACACGACUCUAAGGAACUUAUAUUGAAUGUCAACAAAAAUGAGUGGUAUGAAGAGGUAUUAAAAUAUCGUCGCACAGUGCAGAGUUUUGAAGAGACCAUUCAACGAUUAAUGUCUAAUGUUUUUCAACGCAUCUGCAACAUCGAGGAGGGCCUGGAGGUACUCAAUGUAACACUAUUUUAUUCCUAUCGCGCUAGCAUACGUAAAACUUUCUUGCGUCAAGUGAGCGAUGUCUGGAUAAUGUUCGACAAAGAAAUGUCUGAUACAACCAAAAUGCUGAUGGAACGUGUGAAACUACAUGAAUCCUGGUUGCCAUAUUAUGUUUCGCGCGCUAUUGGCUAUCGCAUUAAUCUCGAACGCUUACAGUGGCUGCGCGAUCGUCUCAAUACAUCCGAAUGGAUGCCAGUUGUGCCCGAGGCGAAAAUCGUACUUGAUAAAUUUGAAAAUCUUAAAAAGGAUUAUACCAAGGAGAUCAAAAAAGCCUUCGAUGAUUGGGUAAAUCAUUGUAGUAGUCCCACUUUAGAGAGUCGUUUGGAGCGCACUUUGCUUAUACGCAGUAAGGUCAAACGUGGAUUGAUCGAAUGUAAUAUGGAUCGCUCAAUACUGAGCAUAUGCGAGCAAGCGCGACAUUUUGAUAGUCUUGGUUUUCAAAUACCACCACUAAUACGAAAGGUAUACGAUCGUUACAGCACACUGCAAUUUGUCUACAACAGUGUCCUUACCGUAUGCUUAGACUACAAUCGCAUACUUGCCGCACUCUCGGAACAAGAGAGGACUCUCUUUCGUGCUUUAAUACAUGCAUGCGAUCGUAAAAUUGCACCUGGUCUAUUUAAGCUAACUUGGAGUGGUGAAUUAAGUGAUGCGUAUAUAGCUGACUGUGCCAAGCACACUAAAAAGCUACAGGACUCAUUGGAUAUUUAUAAACGCGCUAAUCGCCAGAUUGCGAAGACUUGCGAAAAAAUCUGCGAUACAGCCCUAAUAAAGAUAGUGCUUAGCGGUGCUGUAGAAUUACCAGUUUUCGAACUAUCAUUGGCGGCCUCUACCCGUAAAGCAACAAACAUUAUCAUAGGACACUAUGAAACAAUUGUCGAUUUGUUAUUUGCGGUAUUCACGGAGUUCCAGCCUGUUUUAGAUGAGAUGGAAAGCGAGUGGUAUGAGUAUAUUAUACAAUUCGAUGCUAUGCUAAAUGCUGCGCUCAUGACUUGCGCUCGUAACUCUUUGCUAAAUGUGUAUAAUCUGGUGCGGUCCGAAGGUGACAUACUGCCAUCGCCUAUACUUAUAUUGGAAGCUGAUAUUGUUGAUGGCAAGAUACAACUUAACCCCAAUAUGAAAGACAUCAUGCAGCUAUUCUCGGGUAUAUUCGAACGUGUUAGCACAUGUCUAGCGAUUUUUCCUAGACUCACCGCAAAACUGAAAUUGCCGAAGGAAUAUCAACAACCGAUAUUUUCAAUAACUUUUGCCAAUGAUCUAGAGGCUAAGGAAAUACAAUCAUCACUUGAAUACGAAGUAAAAUAUAAUGAAGAAGAGAUCGAAACAUUUUUAAUGGGUUGGCGAUAUUAUCGAGAUAUUUGGGAAAAAACAGAAUUAGAAUUCACUAAACACAUUCUAUCUACCGAUCAAAAAUCUUAUGUUUUCGAACAAAGCAUUGAAUAUUACAGCAGUUUGGCUGAUGAAAUCGGCAUGAAAGAUUCCAUAGUGAAUGUAUAUUUUAUAUUGGUUAAUCAAAACUUUCUUAAGAACACUUUAAUGGAUUACAUUGAAAAAUGGCAAAUGUUAAAUAUAAAACUGCUGCUGCGGCGUGCAACAACUAAAAUCAAUGGUGUUUAUCGUUAUAUGCGUAAGAAUGGCGAUCGCAUACAGAUUAUACCCCGUAAUCUUAAAGAAGCACGCGAGGCAACGGAACUGUAUGAAUUUCUAUUCAGCGAUGCUCCACGUAAACAAGCGGAGUUCCCUGCAAUGCUCAGUCUGUUUAAGCUUCUCGAUUACUAUCUUGUUGAAAUACCUGAAGGCACGCGCAAGCUGGUCAAUAAUCUGGAAACUGAAUGGGAUGCCUAUUUGAAGAUUUUAUUGCAUUCCAGUGAUAUGCUGGAAAUGACACGAGAGGAAUUCAAAAAAACAUUGCUGAGACAAGCAGAAAAAUUCAAGACAGUCAUGAAAGAGUUUUUAGCAGAUUUCAUGUUGAAAUUACCAACCUCCGCACAAACCAAACCGAAAAUCGCACUCAAAUACUUAAGAAUUAUUGAAAAUAAAGUUAGAGAUUGUUUUAAUUUCGAACAGAGUUUAACUACCGAUCUAAGCACAUUUCAUAUAAAUCAGCCAGAUAAUAUGGAUUUGAAGAAAUUACAGAAUGAAUUGCAAGUUGUUAAAAGUAUUUGGGGACUCAUACUUGAAUGGCAGACUGCCUGGGAUGAGUGGCGUAGAUCCAAUUUUUGGCAAAUCAAUAUCGAUGUAAUGGAAGAUACAGCUAUUAAUUUGUACAAGGAAUUCAAUACCUUGAAUAAACGGUAUAUUGACCGCGAUUGGGAGAUGUUGCAAGUAACAACCAAAACAGUGGAUAGUUUCCGACGUACCCUGCCCUUAAUAACAGCGCUCAAAAACCCUUGCAUGCGUAAACGGCACUGGGAUAAUGUCCGAGACACCGUUGGAGUAUAUUUCGAUGAAAACUCCAAAAAGUUCACACUAGAACUUAUCAUUAAUUUGGACUUUCAAGCAUAUUCUGAAGAGAUUCAGGAUAUCUCCAAUGCCGCUACAAUGGAACUACAAAUCGAAAAUGGUAUCAAGAACAUUGCAAGCAUUUGGCGAAAACAAUCCUUCGAAAUGGCCUUCUAUAGGGAUGGCAUAUAUCGUAUUAAAAAUGUAGACGAUUGUAUGCAGCUACUUGAAGAUCAUAUGGUACAGAUAUCGGCUAUGAAAUCCACACGGUUUGUAGAACCGUUCAUUGAGGUUGUCGAUUAUUGGGAAAAGACUCUCUCAUAUGUAGCGGAAACAAUAGAAAUGGCCUUAAAUGUACAGCGGCAAUGGUUGUACUUAGAAAACAUAUUUGCUGGAGAAGAUAUACGUAAGCAAUUACCGAACGAAGCGAAACGUUUUGUUGGCCUUACAGAUGAAUUUCGUAUGAUAUCUUCGAAAAUGUUCAACGCCAAGUCGGCCGUACGCGCAACACAUUUACGCAAACCGCCAUUUUUGCUUGAACGAUUCAAUAAAAUGGACGAACGUUUGGAGCUUAUACAACGUGCUUUAGAAAUAUAUCUGGAAUCGAAGCGACAAUUAUUUCCACGUUUCUACUUCAUUUCCAAUGAUGAUUUAUUGGAGAUUUUGGGUAAUGCUAAACGACCAGAUUUGGUGCAACCGCAUUUGAAGAAACUAUUCGAUAAUUUGUACAAGUUGGAGUUGAAACGUGUUGGCAAAACAAUGAAUCGAUAUCAGGCAAUGGGCAUGUAUUCGGACGACGGUGAAUAUGUAGAAUUUCUCAACGUAUUAUAUAUAGAAGGUGCCUCUGAGAAGUGGUUAAAUGUAGUCGAGGAUUUUAUGUUGGCCGUUAUGAAAGAGAAACUCAAGCAAACGAGGGCCUCUCUAAAGAAACUUAUUAGUAAUCGCGAGCAGUGGUUAUCCCUAUGGCCCGGCCAAAUGUUGCUUACGACUUGUCAGAUUCAGUGGACAACCGAAUGCACACGCAGUCUUAUACAUUGCAAAAUGGUGGAUCAGAAGAAACCGCUGCGCAAAUUAAAACGCAAACAAAAUAAAGUUUUGGCUAAACUCUCGGAGUUAAGUCGUAAGGAGUUAACAAAAAUUAUGCGCCUUAAGGUCAACACACUGAUCACCAUUGAAAUACAUGGACGAGAUGUCAUAGAACGUAUGUAUAAGGUGAACUGCAAAGACAUCAGCCACUUCGAGUGGUUCUCACAACUUCGUUUCUAUUGGCAUCGCGAAUCUGAACUCUGCGUCAUCAGACAAACAAAUACGGAGCAUUGGUAUGCUUAUGAGUAUACAGGUAAUUCGGGACGUUUAGUUAUAACACCACUCACUGAUCGUUGCUACAUAACAUUAACGACGGCACUGCAUUUACAUCGCGGUGGCAGUCCGAAAGGUCCCGCUGGUACUGGCAAAACAGAGACUGUUAAAGAUUUAGGUAAAGCCUUGGGCAUGUGGGUGAUUGUCACGAAUUGUUCCGAGGGUUUAGAUUACAAAAGCAUCGGCAAGAACUUCUCUGGAUUGGCACAAACUGGCGCUUGGGGUUGUUUUGAUGAAUUCAAUCGUAUCAAUAUCGAAGUAUUGUCUGUAGUCGCACAACAAAUUUUAUCCAUUAUGUCGGCGCUCUCGGCCAAGCUCACCGAUUUUAAUUUUGAGGGUAUUGUAAUUAAGCUAAAACAUACAGUUGGACUCUUUAUAACCAUGAAUCCCGGCUAUGCUGGCCGUACCGAACUCCCAGAUAAUCUUAAAUCAAUGUUUCGCCCAAUAGCUAUGAUGGUGCCUGAUAACGCCAUAAUAGCAGAAAAUUUACUCUUCUCCGAUGGUUUUUCAAACACACGCAGUUUGGCGCGCAAAGUUUUCACACUGUACGAACUAGCCAAACAACAACUAUCGAAACAGUAUCACUAUGAUUUUGGCCUGCGUUCAAUGGUAGCGCUGCUGCGUUACGCUGGACGAAAACGUCGUCAACUGCCGAAUACCAACGAGGAGGAAAUCGUUUAUCUGGCUAUGCGCGAUAUGAAUGUGGCACGAUUGACUGCUAACGAUUUACCACUUUUCAAUGGCAUUAUGUCCGAUAUCUUCCCCGGCGUUACUUUACCUGUUAUUGACUAUAGUGACUUUAAGACGGCAAUUGAAGAUGAAUUGAAAAGUAACGGCUUGCAGCUUAUACCCAUCGCCAUCAAAAAGAUCAUAGAAUUAUACGAAACGAAAAAUUCGAGGCACUCCUCCAUGAUUAUCGGCAAUACAGGCACCGCGAAGUCGGUCACUUGGAAAUGCUUACAAGGCGCCUUUGGACGUAUGAACGCCAAUAAGCAUCCCGGUUGGGAGGCAGUCAUAGUGCAUCCGGUAAAUCCGAAGGCUCUCAAUUUAGCCGAACUUUACGGUGAGUAUAAUUUGGCAACCGGUGAAUGGUUGGAUGGUGUACUCAGUUCGAUUAUGCGUGUCAUAUGUGCCGAUGAAGAUCUCACACAGAAAUGGUUGCUAUUCGAUGGUCCGGUCGAUGCAGUCUGGAUUGAGAAUAUGAAUUCGGUUAUGGAUGAUAAUAAAAUUUUAACUUUAGUGAAUAGCGAGCGAAUAACAAUGCCGGCACAGGUUUCGCUCCUAUUUGAAGUAGCCGAUUUAGCUGUGGCCUCACCAGCAACGGUUUCCCGCUGUGGAAUGGUGUACAAUGAUUACAACGAUUGGGGUUGGCGUCCUUAUGUGAACUCGUGGUUAGCUCGUCAAAAGCUUCCCGAGUAUGUAAAACUAGUUCGCGAAUAUUUUGAUCAAUAUUUGGAUAAAGUAUUGGAUUUCAAGCGGCUACGUUGUAAGGAAAUUGUCAAAACAAAUCAAUUGAACGUAGUUAUAUCAAUGUGCAAACUACUCGAGGCUUUCGCAACAAAGCAGAAUGGUAUUGCACCCGGUAAUAUGGAUGUAUUGGAAACAAUGAGCAAGCUCUGGUUUCUGUUCUCACUAAUUUGGUCGGUGUGUGCAACUGUCGAUGAAGAUAGCCGCAAUCGGGUGGAUACUUUUAUUAGAGAAAUUGAUAGCUCAUUCCCAAUUAAGGAUACGGUUUAUGACUAUUAUGUCGAUCCGGCGCAUGGAACACUUAUGCCUUGGGAGAGCAUGCUUUCAGACUCGUGGAAGUAUGAUGAGAACCUUCCAUUCUAUAAAAUCAUUGUACCCACUGUGGAUACUGUACGCUAUGAAUAUCUAGUGUCCAAACUACUGCAAGAAGAACAUCCAGUAAUGUUAGUUGGUAAUGUGGGUACUGGGAAAACCUCCACCGCUGUCAGCGUAAUGGAUUCUUGUGAUAAAACUAAAUAUACCGUGCUUUCUAUAAACAUAUCCGCACAGACGACAGCCGCUGGUUUGCAGGAAUCAAUUGAAAACCGUACCGAGAAACGUACAAAGACGUUCUUUGUACCAAUUGGGGGUAAACGUAUGAUUUGUUUCAUGGACGAUUUUAAUAUGCCCGCAAAGGACACUUACGGCUCUCAGCCACCUCUGGAACUUAUCCGACAAUGGAUAGAUUAUAAAUAUUGGUUCAAUAGACGUAAUCAGCAAAAGAUUUAUGUGCAAAAUACGUUGUUAAUGGCAGCUAUGGGUCCACCCGGUGGCGGUCGCCAAGUAAUAUCGCCACGUACGCAGAGUCGUUUUGUCGUAAUCAAUAUGACCUUUCCUACGGAAGCAACCAUUAUGCGCAUCUUCGGCACUAUGCUUCGACAGAAACUAAUACCAUUCGCUAAUGAUAUACGUGAGGUAGCUUUGAAAAUCACUUCCAGCACCAUAGACUUAUAUAAUUCCGUAGUUACACGCAUGCUACCCACACCAGCCAAAUCCCACUAUUUAUUCAAUUUGCGCGACAUAUCGAAAAUAUUUCAAGGUUUACUGCGUGGCCAUCAUGAGGCUCAAACGAAACGCGCAAGCUUUCUACGUUUGUGGGUACACGAGGCUUUUCGUGUCUUUAGUGAUCGUCUAAUCGACGAUUUAGAUCAGGGAUGGUUUAUGAACGAGGUGAAUAACAUACUUGGCAAGUAUAUGGAAAUCACGUUUCACAGUUUGUGUCCUAACAAAAUUGUACCCAUAUUUGGUGACUUCAUGAGCAACCAAGGUUACUAUGAAGAUCUGGCUUUUGAAGAUCUUCGAAAAUAUAUUAAUCGACAAAUGGAGGAAUACAACAACUUUCCUGGCAUGGCACGCAUGAAUUUGGUGUUCUUCAAAGAAGCUAUAGAGCAUGUGGCGCGCGCUGUACGCGUCAUCUCACAACCUCGAGGUCAUGUACUCAACAUUGGUAUUGGCGGUUCUGGUAGGCAGGCACUUGUUCGACUGGCCGCUUUUAUUUGUGAAUUCGGUACUUUUUCAAUUGAAGUCACCAAAAAAUAUAAAACCAAUGAAUUCAAAGAAGAUCUGAAAAAUUUGUACAAAGUGACAGGUAUCAAACAACGCGGUACCGUAUUCCUCUUCAGUAACGAACAAGUGGCGGAAAGCGCAUUCUUAGAAAUACUUAACAAUAUGUUGAGCACAGGAGAGGCAAAUCUCUUUAAAUCUGACGAAUUUGAAGAGCUAAAAACGGAAUUGGAAAGACCAGCAAAAAAGGCGGGCAUACAAUUCACAACCGAGUCACUGUACAACUUUUUUAUGCAAAAUGUACGCGAAAAUAUGCACGUGUCACUAGCAAUGAGUCCAAUUGGCGAGGAUUUUCGCAGUUAUAUACGACAAUAUCCAGCUUUGAUUAAUAAUACUUCACCAAACUGGUUCCGGCUUUGGCCGCAAGAGGCGCUUUUGGAGGUGGCACAAAAGUUUUUAAUGGGAUUCCAAAUAAAUGUUGCCGUACCCGGCAAAGAAGAUGAAAAACAUAGGGACAGUUUGGUUCAAACUACAGAAGACAGACUGCAGAAAGCAGUGGCAUACGUAUUUUCGGUGAUACAUUCUAGCGUGGCACAGAUGUCGGUACAAAUGCUAGCAGAAGUUAAGCGACACAAUUAUGUCACAUCGCCCAACUACCUAGAGUUGGUAAGUGGUUUCAAGGCACUACUAGAAAGUAAACGCUACGAAGUAUCGUCAAGUGCAAACAAACUACGAAAUGGUCUUUCGAAAAUUCAAGAAACUCAAGAGAAAGUAUCAGUCAUGUCCGAAGAGUUAAAAAUAAGCUCGGAACAAGUGAAAGUCUUAGCUAAGGAAUGUGAAGAAUUUAUUGCAAUUAUAGAGAUACAAAAGGCCGAGGCUACGGAACAAAAGGAAAAAGUCGAUGCAGAGGCUAUAAUUAUAAGACAAGAAGAAGUUGUUUGUUUAGAUUUAGCUGCAACAGCGCAAGCUGAUUUGGACGUUGUUAUGCCGAUGAUUGAUGCUGCCAUUAAGGCCUUAGACGCAUUAAGUAAGAAAGAUGUGGCCGAAGUUAAGUCAUACGGACGUCCACCAAUGAAAAUUGAGAAAGUCAUGGAAGCCGUAUUGAUAAUACUGGGAAAGGAACCUACAUGGGAGAAUGCCAAAAAAGUGCUCGGCGAUGUUAACUUUUUGAAUGACUUGAAAAAUUUCGAUCGUGAUCAUGUCACCGAUAAGACCUUAAAAAGGAUUGGAUUAUAUACCAAAAAUCCAGAGCUAGAACCCGAUAAAGUAGCUAUAGUGUCGGUGGCCUGCAAAUCGCUUAUGCAGUGGAUUAUGGCCAUUGAGAAUUACGCUAAAGUAUAUCGCAUCGUAGCGCCAAAGCAGGAGAAAUUGGACAAUGCUAUGCGCUCACUAGCUGAAAAACAGGCAAUGUUGGCCGCUGCUAUGAAAAAAUUAGAAGAACUUAAUGCCGCCAUUGCCGAACUAUAUCGUCAAUUAAACGAGAAGACAGAGCUACUCAAUGAACUGCGCAUAAAAGAGGAAAAGUUGAGAAAACAACUUGAACGCGCCAUAAUUUUGGUGGAAUCUCUGUCAGGCGAGCGUGAACGUUGGAUUGAGACUGUCGCCUUACUGGAUAUAGCAUUCGAAAAACUGCCUGGCGAUUGUCUGCUAUCCACCGCUUUCACAUCAUACCUCGGCCCUUUCGAUACCAAGUAUCGCGAUAUUCUCGUUGAGAACUGGGUCAGCUUGAUUGUGUCAAAUCAAAUUCCCUGUACCGAUGAAAUGAAAAUAACGCUUUUCCUCAGCGAUGCCGUAACCAUACGUGAGUGGAAUAUACAAGGCUUGCCCGCCGAUGACUUUAGCACUGAAAAUGGUGUCAUUGUUAUGGGUGGUCAACGAUGGCCGCUCAUUAUUGAUCCUCAAUCACAAGCGAAUACUUGGAUCAAAAACUAUGAGGCUAAUAAUGAUUUAAAAGUUAUUGAUUUUUCACAAACGGACUAUCUACGUUCAUUAGAGCGUGCGAUGUCAGCCGGAAACCCGGUAUUAUUGCAAAAUGUUGGCGAGGCUUUAGAUCAAGCUAUAAAUCCGAUUCUGCGCAAAAGCUUCACCAUGCAGAGCGGGCAGAAGCUAAUCAAGUUCAAUGAUAAAUAUAUAACUUACAAUGAUAACUUCAAAUUGUAUAUAACAACCAAAAUCACAAAUCCACAUUACCCACCUGAAAUAUCGUCGAAAACGACAAUAGUAAAUUUUGCCGUGAAGCAAGAUGGCUUGCAGGCACAACUCUUGGGCAUCAUCGUGCGUAAGGAGAAACCAUCAUUAGAGGAGCAAAAAGAUGAAUUAGUAUUGACGAUCGCACGCAACAAACGCACACUCAUCGAUUUGGACAAUGAAAUUCUGCGUCUUUUGAACGAAAGCCGUGGUUCACUGCUGGAGGAUGACGAGCUUUUCGCUACACUGCAAAAAUCUCGUCAAACAUCAGUGCUAGUAAAGGAAUCAUUGGCCACCGCUGAAGUAACGGAGAUUGAAAUCGAUGCCGCGCGCCAAGAAUACCAACCAGCUGCCGAACGCGCAGCUGUACUUUUCUUUGUACUCAUGGAUAUGUCCAAAAUCGAUCCGAUGUAUGAAUUCUCACUGGCUGCUUACAUUUUGCUCUUCAUACAGUCUAUUGAGCGGAGCCCAAAGCAUCAGAUCGUAUUCGAACGUAUACAGAAUAUAAACGAAUAUCAUACGUAUUCGGUAUAUAAAAACACUUGUCGUGGCCUAUUCGAAAUACACAAAUUACUCUUCUCCAUACACAUGACGGCGAAAAUCUUGGAGUGUGCCGGCAAGCUAGUAGAAGCCGAGUAUGAUUUUAUUCUCAAAGGUGGUAUCGUACUGGAUAAACAAAAUCAAGCGCCUAAUCCAAGUCCCAACUGGAUUAGUGAACAGGCUUGGGACAAUAUAACGGAACUAGACAAAGUCGCAGGCUUUCACGGCAUAAUAGACUCAUUUGAACAAAAUCCAAAAUUAUGGCAGAUGUGGUACGCCACCACAACGCCCGAGAGCGAAGAUCUCGUCGGCGAGUGGAACGACAAAUUGACUGACUUUGAGAAAAUAUGUGUCGUUCGUUGCUUACGACCCGAUCGUAUAUCUUUUUGUCUCACCCAAUUUAUCAUCAACACACUUGGACCGCGCUUUGUUGAACCGCCCGUUUUGGAUUUAAAAGCUGCCUUCGACGAAUCCAUAUCACAAACACCACUUAUUUUUGUGCUUUCGCCUGGUGUGGAUCCCACACAAUCACUCAUCACAUUAGCUGAGCAAUGCAGAAUGUCUCAACGCAUGUUCUCACUCAGUUUGGGACAAGGGCAAGCGCCAGUUGCUACGAAAAUGAUCAUGGACGGUGUACGUGAUGGCAACUGGGUCUUUUUGGCCAAUUGCCAUCUUUCUUUAAGCUGGAUGCCCACAUUAGACAAAAUUAUUGCAACCAUGCAAACAAUGAAACUACAUAAACGUUUUCGUUUAUGGUUAAGCUCAAGUCCACAUCCCGAAUUUCCGAUCUCUAUACUACAAUCAAGUAUAAAAAUGACCACAGAACCACCACGUGGCAUAAAAGCGAAUAUGCGUCGUCUAUACAAUAAUAUAAACGAACAGAACUUCGAGACGAUUGAUGAAACGGGCAAGUACAAAAAGCUUUUAUUCGCAUUGUGCUUUUUCCAUACGGUCUUGCUGGAACGGAAGAAAUUUUUGCAACUUGGUUGGAAUGUUAUAUAUAGCUUUAACGAUUCCGAUUUUGAAGUCUCCGAUGUACUGUUGGCUUUGUACUUAAAUGAGUAUGAAGAGACACCUUGGGGUGCGCUGAAGUAUCUUAUUGCUGGCAUAAACUAUGGCGGACACGUGACCGAUGAUUGGGAUCGGCGUUUGCUAACGACAUAUAUAAACCAGUUCUAUUGUGACGCCGCUUUAACUACACACAAGUUUCGGCUCUCUACACUCACAAAUUAUUUUAUACCCGCUGAUGGAGACCUGCAAUCGUAUAUUGAUCAGAUACACCAAUUUCCGAACUUUGAUAAACCGGAAGCUUUCGGUCAGCAUCCCAAUGCAGAUAUUGCUUCACUAAUCGGUGAGACGCGUCUGCUUUUCGAGACUUUAAUGUCAAUGCAAGUGCAGACUACCACUUCGGUUGGCGAGAGCAUGGAAACGAAAGUUUUGCGUUUAGCCAAAGACAUAUUUGCGAGCACUCCAGACGAAAUAAAUUACGAGCAAACCGCAAAGUUAAUCGGCAUUAAUCGUUCGCCUCUCGAAGUGGUGCUGCUGCAGGAAAUAGAGCGUUACAACUUUCUGCUGAGCAGAAUGAAAAUACAUAUGCGAGAUUUGCAGCGUGGCAUAAAAGGACUUGUCGUGAUGAGCACCGAACUAGAAGAUAUUUAUCAAUCAGUUUACGAAGGUCGUGUACCAGCCGUGUGGUUGAAAUCUUAUCCGUCUUUAAAACCACUGGCUGCGUGGUCACGCGAUCUCAUUCUACGUAUCGAACAUUUCUCACAGUGGGCUAAAACGCUCAAACAACCAAUGCUAUUUUGGCUGGCAGCAUAUACUUUUCCCACCGGCUUUCUUACUGCGGUAUUGCAGACAUCAGCACGCGCUACACGCACCCCUAUUGACGAGCUGUCAUGGGACUUCUUUGUAUUCAUCGAGGAUGAUGCGGCCGCAGCUCGCAUAGUGCGCGAAGGUGGAGGUGUCUAUGUGCGCAAUCUAUUUUUGGAAGGUGGCGGUUGGUUACGCAAGUUGCAAUGUCUACAGGAUCCACAACCUAUGGAGCUGAUAUCUCCAAUGCCCGUCAUACACUUUAAGCCAGUAGAGAAUCUUAAAAAGAAAACUCGUGGCGUUUACCAGUGCCCGGCAUAUUAUUAUCCACAGCGUGCGGGUUCCUUCAUUAUCGCCGUGGACUUGAAAUCCGGUAAUGAAAAGGCAGACUACUGGAUCAAACGUGGCACUGCUCUGUUACUUAGCCUCAGUGUGUAAUCCAGGAAAGGUCUUGCUCUACUGUUACCCAAUCCAUUUAUUCUAAUUAAUUUAUUGUCGUUUUAUAUAAUUUGUUGAACACAUUUAAGCUAAUAAACGGAGAUAUUUUUAAAAUAUAAA